AUGGGCGUGUAUGUUCGGCGAAUACGACGGCGAACAGCCGUCAAGCUUGUUGUUGGUGUGGUUUUUGUGCUGGUAACGCUUCUGUGCUGGCCACAUCGGACGGGCAGGAGCCUCAGCUUUUACGAACAGCAGCUGAUUUCGCAGAGCUCCGACAAGGACGUUCUGGCGCGUCUUCGCGGCUCGCUGGCAAAUUCCGGAUUCUACGACGAAUUGCGCGAGUACGAGAAGAGUCUGGCCGAUUUGAUCCACGCCAACGAGGACAGGUCUGGCCGGUACGUCAAGCUGGCCAAAUCAGAGCAGGAGAUCCGGCGCAAUCUCAAGUUCCAGAACUUCUUCAUGUCCGCGUGGGCGCACAUCAUGGCCAAUCGCCCGCGAACAGCGUUCGACACGGGCUCGGCGGUCGCAAUGCAGGGCAGUUUGUCAGAUAUCGUAUUCCCCAAGAUUUACGGGUCGAACGGCGUGGUAAAUAUCGCCAUGCACGACACGGGGCCGCAGUACCCGGUUUUGAGCGAGGAUUAUCUUUCCAAGUGUCUUCAGGUGCCGUUGGCCAUGGUGGCCGAUCUGACCGAGAGCCACGGAGCAGUUACCAGGGAGUUCCCGAAAACGUACCCGGAAGGAGUGUUCCAAGGAAGAGGCGUGGUUCUUAUUGGAGGAAGCAAGUUCUCGUGGCUUUCGCUGCUGGCCAUCGAGAACCUGCGUGCGACGGGGUCCGAGCUGCCCGUUGAGAUGAUCAUCCCAACCGAAUCCGAGUACGAAAAGUCGCUGUGCGAAGACGUGCUACCAAAAUUGAACGCCAAGUGCAUUCUGCUCACAGAGACCAUUCCCGAACUCACCAAGCACAAGUACAGCAUCCGCGGGUUUCAGUACAAGGCGCUGGCGCUGCUGGUGUCGUCGUUCGAGGAGGUGAUGUUUCUGGACUCGGACAACGUGCCUGUUGCAAACCCGGACGAGAUCUUUGGCUCUGAGCCGUACGUGUCGCACGGGAUGGUGAUGUGGCCGGACUUCUGGCGCCGUGUCACGCACCCCGCGUACUACAAGAUUGUCGACAAGGCCAUUGGCGACAAACAGGUGCGCAACAACGCCGACGACGUGACUCCAAGCGAAUACUACGCCCAUGGCUCCCACGACCCCCAAACAGACAUUCCAUUGCACGACCGCGACGGCACGAUGCCCGACCCGUCCAGCGAGUCGGGCCAGAUCGUUGUGAACAAAAAAACACACAUUCAAGCGCUGUUUCUGGCGCUCUACUACAACUUCUACGGCCCGCAGAACUUCUAUCCGCUCUUUUCUCAGGGAGGAACGGGCGAAGGGGACAAGGAGACGUUUCUGGCCGCGGCGCAGUUCUACAACCUGCCGGUUUACCAGAUGAAGAAACAGGUCGACGUGAUCGGGUACUGGCAUUACUACCCGAAACCGGUCUACACUGGAGUCGGAAUGAUCCAGUACGAUCCUGUAACCGACUACAAAUUGGUCGGCGAGUACGAGGAAUGGCUCGCAGAGCAAGUAGACCUGCACAAACAGCGCCAGGGUUCGUUCACCGGCCGGUUGUACAACUGGUGGCACGGAGACGAGCUGUACGACAAGACGAAAACGUUCAACCAGUGGUUCCAUAAAGGUAACAGUCGGCCGCUUUUUGUGCACUCCAACUUCCCGAAACUGGACCCGGUGGGGUUGCGCAAAGAGGACCGGUUGUUUGUGACGAAAAACGGCCGCAAAGAACGAGUGCGCAUGUACAGAGACCAGUCCGGGCUGGACUUCGACUUUGAGCUACGCCAAUGGCAGCUGGUGAAGAAACACUUUUGCGACGAGGCGAUCGACCUCAACUACCUGCGGCUGGCCGGGGUGUCGUCGCAGGACUACUGCGGGUUCAUCAACGAGGAGCUGCAGUUUCUGGAAACCACGCGCCAUUACAUAGAGCUGGAGACGCUUUCUGCAGAAUAG